CAAAAUAAAUGAAACGCUCACGCCACAUGAAUAAGUGAAUAUUAAGCUAAUAUUGGAGAUGUAAAAUGUAAUUACAUAAUGCAAACUCGGAAUGUGCUUACCUAUCAACCAAAAAAAUAAAAAUUAUAGUGGCAGCUAGAGGUGUUGAAAGAACCCACUUACCAAAUGCUUAGUGAAUGAAUUUUCUGACUGCUUCUCCACUCCCAAUUCUUACAUGAGUUAAAUAUAUGAAUGAUGUAUAUGUCCUAAAAUGAUAUUACUAUAAAAGUAGUAGUACUAGGCUUACUAGCAAGGUCAUAAUUUUAUUGGCAGUGGAAUAAAAAGAGAUGGGAGUGGGAUUGGUUGGAUUGUGUGCUGUGCUUUGUUUAUGUUGGUCUGCUCCAAAUGUGCAGGGAUAUGUUACUGAUGCACAAGAAGUCUCUGCUUUACUAGCUGUCCGAAACAAAUUGAAAGAUCCUUACAAGAAUCUGAACUGGACUAGGAAGUUUGAUCCUUGUGCCUCAAAAUGGACAGGGGUGAUAUGCAUCGAAAACGAAACUGAUGGCUAUUAUCAUGUUGAAGAACUGCGCUUACUGCGAAGGAAUCUGACUGGAACAUUAGCGCCAGAGCUUGGGCUACUAACUCACAUGAAGAUAUUGGACUUCUUGUGGAACAACAUCACUGGAAGCAUACCAAAGGAGAUUGGCAAAAUCACUGCACUUGUUCACUUGCUUUUGAGUGGAAAUCAAAUAUCAGGGCCUCUACCAGAUGAGCUGGGAUUUCUUCCCAACUUGAACAAAUUUCAGUUGGAUCUCAACAUGAUAUCAGGGCCAAUCCCCAAAACCUUUGCAAACUUAACCAGUGUUCAACAUUUCCACAUGAACAACAAUCAAUUCAGUGGUCAGAUCCCACCGGAGAUUGGUACUCUUCCCUUACUUAAACACGUCCUUCUUGAUAACAACCGCCUCUCGGGGUAUCUUCCACCUGAGCUCGCGCUCAUGCCUAACUUGACAAUUCUUCAACUAGACAACAACAACUUUGCUGGGACUGAGAUUCCGGAUUCUUAUAAAAAUAUUACCAAGCUCGUCAAGCUGAGUCUUAGAAACUGCAGCCUGCAAGGAACAAUACCUGAUUUUAGUAGUCUCAGACGCCUUCUUUACUUGGAUCUAAGCGAAAAUCAGCUCACUGGAAAGAUAAUGACAAAUAGACUAUCUCAAAACAUUACAACCAUUAUUCUAUCACACAAUGAGCUCAACGGUUCCAUUCCAUCCAACUUUUCUGGCCUCCCUCGACUUCAGAUAUUGUCUCUCAAUAACAACUUGUUGAGUGGAUCUGUACCAUCGGAUAUUUGGGAGAAUGUAACCUUCACUUCAAAAUCAAAACUUAAUGUAAAUCUUGAACGCAACUUGCUUUCUGAUAUCUCCGGCACCCUUGUUGUCCCUCCAAACGUUACACUAAAGCUUAGUGGAAACCCCGUGUGUACAAGUGCAAACCAACAAGACAUAGCACCAUUCUGUGGAGGUAGUAAUGUAGGUGCAGACAUACCUGAUGAGAGCUUGGAGAAGCCUGCAGCGCCCAGCUGUGCAUCACAGAUUUGUGCUACUCAGGGAAACUUCGAAUACAUCCCAGCUCUGCCAGAUAAGUGCAUUUGCUCGGCACCUUUUGGCGUGGGAGUACGGCUUAGAAGUCCCAGCAUAUUUAACUUCCCGCCAUAUCUGGAUGACUUUAAACAUUUCAUAAUGACAGGCAUUAAUUUGUCUGAAUACCAGCUUCAUGUUGAGUCCAUCUCAUGGGAAAGUGGUCCGAGGCUGAGAAUGUUUCUGCUCUUCUUUCCGGACUAUAACAAAUCUCGUGUGUUUGAACCUAGUGAGGUUCAAGCAAUUGCAACUGUGUUUGCUCACUUCACUAUACCCGGGAGUGAUGUAUUUGGGCCUUAUGACCUCCUCAACUUCACUGCCAAGGGACCUUAUGCCAACUUUGAUCUGCCCACCAUAAACAAUGGUGGUGGUGGUGGUCUGAGCAAAGGUGCAUUGGCCGGAAUCGUGCUUGGAUCCCUCUCUUGUGCCGGUGUGAUACUUGCGAGCCUCCUUCUUGUCCUUCAGAGACAGCGACAGCAGUCGUCUCACACCAAACCUGUCAAGGAUAAAUCAUUCCCAAAAGUCCCAAUGAAGAUGGAUGGUGUGAAGGCGUUUGAUUUUGAGGAUUUGGAGAUGGCAACAAACAACUUCAGAAAUCAGAUAGGCCAAGGAGGAUAUGGGAAAGUGUAUAAAGGCACCACAGCAGAGGGCGCAGUGGUAGCUAUAAAACGUGCACAGCAAGGCUCGUUGCAGGGUGACAAGGAGUUCUACACAGAGAUUGAAAUGCUGUCGCGUCUGCACCAUCGUAACCUGGUGUCACUGGUGGGGUACUGUGAUGAGAAGGAUGAACAGAUGCUGGUUUAUGAGUUUAUGCCUAAUGGCUCCCUGCAUGACCUCCUAACUGCAAAAUACACUGCACCUCUGAAUCUGGAAACAAGACUGCACAUAGCACUGGGGGCUUCAAGAGGCAUUCUUUACCUGCAUACGGAAGCUGAUCCGCCCAUCAUCCACCGCGACAUCAAGGCCAACAACAUAUUACUCGACUCCAAAUGGACUGCCAAAGUGUCUGAUUUCGGCAUCUCAAGGCUUGCGCCUGUCUCAGACGCCAAAGGAGACACCGCUGCCCACAUCUCCACCAAUGUCAAAGGCACACCGGGGUACGUGGACCCAGAAUACUUUUUGACGCACAAGUUGACAGAGAAGAGCGACGUGUAUAGCCUUGGCAUUGUAUUCCUGGAGCUGGUAACAGGGAUGCAGCCUAUAGCUCAUGGGAGGAACAUAGUGAGAGAGGUGAACACAGCAUGUCAAUCUGGGAUGAUGUUCUCCAUCAUAGACAGGACAAUGGGGCCAUACCCUGAAGACAUUAUCAAGAAAUUCAUGACCUUAGCCCUGAGAUGCUCCAUGGAUGAGACCAAGGAUAGACCUACCAUGCUGGAGGUAGUGAGAGAGCUAGAGAAUAUAACAUCCAUGCUCACCCCAAAUAUCUCCACCACAGCCUCAGCAGCCUCUCCUCCGACUUCGUCCCUCUAUGGCGACAGAACAACUAGUUACGGCACCAUGGAUCUCCUGCCCGGAACAGGAACUGACCUCGUUAGUGGUGUCAUCCCGACCAUCAAUCCUCGCUGACCAUCGCUGCACUUGUACAUAAACCACAAUAAUGUACAUAGACAGGAAGAUGAUGCUUAAAUUAUAGUAAUAUAUAUCCAAGCUUGCGGAAACUGAAAUGCUGAUGCCACCAUUUUUCUCUUAAUCACAUCAAUAACAGUUACAAUCCAACCCUAAA